AUGAGUUCUGUUUCUCCUGAAAUAAAGGAGACCAACAUAACCAUUUUUCACAAGAUCGUGAGUGGUGAGAUUCCAUGCAAGAAGGUCUACGAAGACGACUUGGUUCUCGCAUUUCACGACAUAAAUCCUCAAGCUCCUACUCACAUUUUGGUUAUCCCAAAGAAAUUCGACGGCUUGUCAAGGCUAAGUGAAGCAACAGAGAGACACCAGAGUAUCCUGGGUCACAUGUUGGUCAAGGUUUCGCAUAUAGUAAAGGAGAAUGACCUUGGAGAUUUCAGACUGGUAGUAAACAACGGACCGAAUGCAGAUCAAACUGUAUUUUAUCUUCAUAUGCACAUUUUGGCUGGAAGGAAUUUCUCAUGGCCACCCGGUUAA